CUCCAAAGUGGAAUUGUCCGUGUGAAAUGUCCGUGGGACAUGGCUUACUCCGAUGAUGAAUCAGAGAGAAAAACAAGUGCAACAUAAUAAAUCCCUGUUGUAUCAAUUUUCGCGAUAAAUGUUAGUGAUAAUCUCAUAGGAGGGAAUUUGGUGAUAAGAUAACCCACCCAGUGAAUGUGAAAAAGUGAAUUUUUGAGUAAUUUUAUGCCUCUGUGAAGCACAAAAAUUGUCGUCUUCCCUUGUUUUUUGAGGUUAUAAACCACUCCCUGGGGGCAUAUAAUUUUCAUUUGGGGCUUUUUGUGUUUAUUAUUUUGUGCAAUUUGUGAGGAAAAUGUGGAAAGCGGCUGCAGGACGUGACACCAAGGCAUUCAGUGAAGUGGAUGGGGGUGAUGAUGACUGGGAAACUGAUCCGGAUUUCGUCAAUGACGUCUCAGAAGAAGAACAACGAUGGGGGUCAAAGGCAGGACGUACAGCCGGUGCAAUUGACAUGGAGAAACUGAGAAUUGAGACGGAACAGGCAGAUGCCACGAGAAAGAAGAAGAUGCUGGAUGAAACGAAUCCAGGGUAUGGGUAUGGGGGGAAGUUUGGCCUAGAAGCAGACCGGAUGGAUAAAUCAGCCAUGGGGCAUGAUUAUGUGGGAAAGGUGGAGAAGCAUGCUUCGCAAAAGGACUACAGUGAGGGAUUUGGGGGGAAGUUUGGCGUGCAAACUGACCGGGUGGACAAGAGUGCUGUAAAUUGGGAUUACAAGGAGACAGUGGAGAAGCAUGCUUCACAGAAAGACUACGCCACUGGGUUUGGUGGGAAGUUCGGUGUGCAGAGCGACAGGGUGGACAAGAGUGCUGUGGGAUGGGAUCAUGUGGAAAAGGUGGAGAAACAUGAAUCCCAGAAGGAUUACAGUCGUGGUUUCGGUGGGAAAUUCGGUGUUCAGGAGGAUAGACAAGAUAAAUCUGCCCUGGGGUGGGAUCAUUUAGAGAAGCCACAGAAGCAUGAGAGUCAGUUGGAUCACAAAAAAGGUUUCGGUGGACAAUUUGGGGUACAGCAAGAUCGAAUGGAUAAAUCGGCCGUGGGAUUUGGGAAUACCGAAAAAGUGGGCACAAACUACACGAAAGUCAAGCCGGACAUUGGUGGGGCCAAGCCAUCGAGUUUGCGGGCCAAAUUCGAGAAUCUGGCCAAGCAGACCGAAGAGGAAGCUGCCGCCAAGGCAGCCGAGCAGAAGAAAUUGCGUGAGGAGAAAGAUAGGCGCGAUCGCGAAGAAGCUGCCAAGCGUCAAGUGUUCGAGAGCGAAGGUACUCAGGAUGACCAGAAGCCACAGAGGAAGUCGGCGAUUUCAACGGGCAGGGCUGAGGGUGUGGGAAAUGCUAUAAGUGCUUUCAAUACUCCUUCAGUCCAGGAAUCCGUUCCCGAGCGAAAGCAACCCAUUUCCAUUCCACGAGCAGCACCUGAAGAGGAGAAGCCUGAGGUUCAUGAGGAGGUCAAGGAGGAACCAAGAGUGGCUUCUGUUCAGCCCGAUAUCAUUCCUGAGAAUGACAGAAUCGAUCCACCAGCCAGUUUUGCCAGUGAUUCAGUACAAGAGGACACCCAGCAAGUUGUCACAAAUUCUCAGGAGAUCCCCGAAGAGGCAAUUUAUCAGAAUUUAGCUGACUACAUCGAAGAUACUGGACUGAAGGCUGUAGCACUUUAUGACUACCAAGCGGCUGCAGAGGAUGAAAUUUCUUUCGAUCCUGAGGAUCUUAUCACGCACAUUGAGAUGAUUGAUGAAGGAUGGUGGAGGGGCUUGUGCAAGAAUCGCUAUGGACUCUUCCCGGCUAAUUAUGUGCAAUUGCAGCAGUAAGAUACGGAGCUCAAAAUGGGAAUACUCCUUUCCGCCAAAAUUCGAACAAAACAUUAAUAGUGAUUUUACUUGUUAACUGGGCAAGGGGGGAGGUCAUUUCAGUGGAAAUUUAAUAAUUUUCCAAGCAUUUUAAACAACAUUAUUUUAUCCCAGUCAUGAGUAAAAACGAAAAAAUAUCUAAUUUUCGACUGUCUCGUAUUAUUUCGUAUGUAUUAUUUUUAUAUUCACAGAAAAUGUCUUUUAUAGUUGAGACAUGUGACUCCUUUGAGUCAGAGCAAUUGUACUUCUUUUUAUUAUUGUGAAAGAAAAAACAAAUCACUUGAAAUUAAUAAAGAAAAAAACUAUGAUGAUAAUGUU